UCUCCUUCAGCAGCCGAGACACGCAGACCUUCUCUGCGCCAAGCAGUUCACUAUGCCCUGUUCACCGCACGGCGGUGUCAUGCGCACCUGCGUGUACAACAAGUGACCCCAAGUCUCCAACCAAACCGACUUCACCAGCAAUGGACAGCACAAACAACACGACGACCUGGUCUCAGUCUGAGAACCCUUUCAACACAACCCUCCAACCUGAAGAUGAGGAGGUGAAGCUGGGUUAUCAAGUGGUCACAUCCUUUCUGCUCUGCGCGCUCAUACUGUGCGCAGUAUUUGGGAAUGCGUGCGUCGUGGCAGCCAUCGCUUUGGAGCGGUCUCUGCAGAACGUGGCCAACUACCUGAUCGGCUCUCUGGCGGUCACCGACCUGAUGGUGUCCGUGCUGGUGCUGCCCAUGGCGGCGCUUUACCAGGUUUUAAACCGGUGGACCCUGGGGCAGAUUCCGUGCGACAUCUUCAUCUCUUUGGAUGUGCUGUGCUGCACCUCGUCAAUCCUCCACUUGUGCGCCAUUGCUCUGGACAGAUACUGGGCCAUAACAGAGCCAAUAGACUACUUGAAGAAGAGGACUCCGAGAAGAGCGGCAGUUCUAAUUAGUGUGACUUGGCUCGUCGGUUUCUCCAUCUCAGUGCCGCCUAUGCUGAUUAUGCGCUCCCAGCCCAGCAGCUUGGCAGAGGACAGGGCGAACCCAAAGCAGUGUAAAAUCAGGCAAGACCCCUGGUACACAAUAUACUCCACAUUCGGUGCUUUUUACAUCCCGCUGACACUGAUGCUGGUUUUAUACGGACGUAUAUUCAAAGCUGCCAGGUUUCGGAUCAGGAGGACUGUGCGUAAAACCGAGAAAAAGAAAGUGUCCGACUCCUGCUUGGCGCUAUCGCCCGCGCUGUUUCACAAAAAGACGCACGGGGACGCGCAGGGCAAGAGCUGGAAGAGAAGCGUGGUCCCCCGGCCGCUGCCGAGCGUCAACGGCGCCGUGAAGCACGCGGAGGACGGCGAGUCCCUGGAGAUCAUAGAAGUUCACAGCAACUCCAAAGGCAACGUGCCGUUGCCCAACACGCCGAGCACCGUGCCGCUGUUCGAGAGCAGACACGAGAAGGCGACGGAGGCGAAGCGCAAGAUCGCGCUGGCACGGGAGCGCAAAACGGUGAAGACCCUGGGCAUCAUCAUGGGCACCUUCAUCCUCUGCUGGCUGCCCUUCUUCAUCGUCGCCCUGGUCAUGCCAUUUUGCCAGGAGUCGUGCUACAUGCCGCGCUGGCUGGCGGAUGUCAUAAACUGGCUCGGCUACUCCAACUCUCUACUCAACCCCAUCAUUUACGCGUACUUCAACAAAGACUUUCAGAGCGCUUUCAAGAAAAUAAUCAAGUGUAAUUUCUGCAGACAGUGAUGGGAAAGGCUUUGGUGAGGUUUGAUCUAGUGUUAGAUCUAGAGACGAUCCACAGGGAAAUUGGAACAUUUUAAAUACUGUAUACAAAUGGCACAACGAGAUUGUUCAGAAUAAAGAAUGAUUGUGAUAUAUUUACUGUUGAUCAUCAUCGUUAAAUGUUCCCAGAGAUGUCAGUAGCCUAUGCAUAUAGAUAAAGCUGUGAUUGUUCGAUCAAAGCUCCAUGUUUCUCAUUCUGCUCUGUAAGGUUCAAUAAAAUACUUUUUAAAAUAAUUUAUUUCUUUUUUUCACUUUCUUCAAAGUCUACUUUUCUCAAUGGGAUUACUUGAACAAUAAGAUGCAUAAUUAAAGGCAAAAGAGAUGAAGGUAAUAAAGAUUACGUUUUAACCAACAAAAAUAGAAAGUUUGAUAAAUGUAUAAUAAUCUCAGUUCCUAAGCAAAGCAUCAUAUAUGAGUCAAUUGCUUAUAUGUCACAUCAAAUGGAGUGUGAUUUUCAGCUUUGUGAUUUGGGGCAGAUGAUCAGGUAAUAAUUUAGUUUU